UUUCUGAAAGUCCACAAAGCUGGAAGCUCUACAGUAGCCAACAUUGUUCAGAGAUUUGGUUUCACCAGGAAUCUCAACUUUGUGGUGCCAAGAAAACCGUUACACACAUCUGCAUACAAUUACAUUGGGCACCGGAGGGGCAGCGUAUCCAGAAACAAUAUACUCCCCCCACCUCCAGGGGAGACUUAUGACAUUCUGUGGAACCACGUGACCUAUCACCAUGAUGCAUUUCGUGACGUCAUGCCCAAGGAGACGCGCUACAUCUCAAUACUCAGAGAGCCCUUUGAUCAGUUUGUGUCGGCGUUUGAAUACUACGUGUUGGUUGGAAAGCAUAGAAAGAAGAUUCUGCAACAACAAAGGAACCCCCUCGCGGCUUAUCUGGACAAGGAGAAGCCAGUCAGUUCAAAGAGGGAAUGGGUCCGCAAUUCCCAGUCCAACGAUAUGGGUUUCAAAUUCUCUGCGUUGUCAAACAGAACGGCAGCGAUGGCAUACAUCAGUCAAAUCGAGAAGGACUUCGACUUGGUUAUGCUCAUGGAGUACUUCGACGAAUCUUUGGUACUUCUAAAACGCACCCUGUGCUGGAGUCUAAAAGACAUACUGUAUUUCCUUCACAACAAGAAUACCAGACGGCAGCACUGGAUGUUCUCGCAGGAACAUUACAGGAAACAUCAGAACUUAUCCAGGGCGGACUAUGAUCUUUAUACGCAUUUCAGGAAGGUGUUCUGGAAAAAGGUUUGGAGUCAAGGGUCAGAUUUUUUUGACGAAGUGCGGUAUUUUAAACAGUUGUUGAGUCAGCUUCGAGACUACUGCGUUGUGGGUCGGACGUUGGAAGUCGCCGCCAGCAGGUGGGAGGAGGGCUUUGUUGUAGAUAACAGAGACUGUUUCUAUAUGAACAUUUCGGAACUUGCUUUCUUCGACCGGAUUAUCAAUACCACAUAUGCAAAAAUAUCUUCCAAAGUUAACACAUUCCAUAGACCACACUGA